AUGGUAGAAACAACAAAAGGCCAUGUUAGAUUUCUCUGCUGUAAUUCAGCUACUUAUGGUACCCAUAAGUCACUUUCAUAUAAAUUGAACUGUUUAAGACUUAAUGUAUGUCCUUGUGAACACCACAAUACACUUGUGCAGAACAAGAUUGCAAAAGUCAAAACAGCUUUCCCCGAUAGAGCAACGUACGAAGUAGGCGGGUGCCAGCAAUGCCUUGCAACCGGUGACACCACUCAUGAACUAAACUCUUUAGAUCCCGCACGCUAUCCAUAUACUUUAACACGUCUAAGA